AUGAGGGCUGCCUUCGCAGGGAGUGCUGCCUUCGCAUGGGGUGGCGCCUUCGCAAGGUAUGCUGCCUUCGCAGGGAGUGCUGCCUUUGCACAGAUUCCUGCCUUCACAAGGAGUGAUGCCUUCGCAAGGAGUGCUGCGUUCUCUAGGAGUGCUGCCUUCACAGGGAGUGCUGCCUUCACAAGGGAUGGUGCCUACGCACGUAGUGCUGCCUUCGCACGGAGUGCUGCCUUCGCAAGUAGUGGUGGAUUCGCAAGGGGUGCUGCCUUCGCAUGGAGUGCUGUCUUUGCACAGAGUGCUGCCUUUGCACGGAGUGCUGUCUCCGCACGGAAAGCAACCUUCGCAAGUAGUGCUUCCUUUGCACGGUAUGCUGCCUUUGCAAGUAGUUCUGCCUUCGGAAGUAGUGCUGCCUUCGCAAGGAGAAUUGCCUUCGCAAGGAGUGCUGCCUUUGCACAGAUUGCUGCCUUCGCACGGAAUGCAGCCUACGCACAGAGUGCUGCCCUCGCAAGAAGUGCUGCCUUCGCAGGGAGUGCUGCCUUCGCAUGGGGUGGCGCCUUCGCAAGGAGUGCUGCCUUCGCAGGGAGUGCUGCCUUGGCAAGGUGUGUUGCCUUCGGAAGGAGUGCUGCCUUCACAAGGAGUGCUGCCUUCCCAAGGAGUUCUGCCUUGGGACAGAGUGCUGCCUUCCCUAGGAGUGUUGCCUUCGUACAGAGUGCAGCCUUCGCAAGGAGUGCUGCCUUCGCAAGGUGUGCUGCCUUUGCACAGAUUGCUGCCUUCGCAUGGAAUGCAGCCUACGCACAGAGUGCUCCCUUCGCAAAGAUUGCUGGCUUCGCAAGGAGUGCUGCCUUCGCAAGGAGUGCUGCCUUUGCAAGGAGUGCUGCCUUCGCAAGGAGUACUGCCUUCCCAAGGAGUGCUGCCUUGGGACAGAGUGCUGCCUUCCCUAGGAGUGUUGCCUUCGUACAGAGUGCAGCCUUCGGAAGGAGUGCUGCCUUCGCAAGGUGUGCUGCCUUUGCAAGGGGUAAUGCCUUCGGAGGGAGUGCAGCCUUCGCAAGGGGUGGUGCCUUCGCAAGGAGUGUUGCCUUCGCAAGGAGUGCUGCCUUUGCAAGGAGUGCUGCCUUCGCAAGGAGUGCUGCCUUCGCAAGGAGUGCUGCCUUCGCAAGGAGUGCUGCCUUCGCAAGGAGUGCUGCCUUCACAAGGAGUGCUGCCUUCCCAAGGAGUUCUGCCUUGGGACAGAGUGCUGCCUUCCCUAGGAGUGUUGCCUUCGUACAGAGUGCAGCCUUCGCAAGGAGUGCUGCCUUCGCAAGGUGUGCUGCCUUUGCAAGGAGUACUGCCUUCGCAAGGAGUGCUGCCUUCGCAAGGAGUGCUGCCUUUGCAAGGAGUACUGCCUUCGCAAGAAGUGAUGCCUUCGCAAUGAGUGCUGCCUUCGCUAGGAGUGCUGCCCUCGCAAGGAGGGCUGCCUUCGCAAGGAGGGCUGCCUUCGCAGGGAGUGCUGCCUUCGCAAGGGGUAAUGCCUUCACAGGGAGUGCUACCUUCGCAAGGGGUGGUGCCUUCGCAAGGAGUGUUGCCUUCGCAAGGAGCGCUGCGUUCACAAGGAGUGGUGCCUCUGCAAGGAGUGCUGCUUUCGCAAGGAGUACUGCCUUCGCAAGGAGUACUGCCUUCGCAAGGAUUGCUGCCUUCACAAGGAGUGCUGCCUUCGCUAGCAGUGCUGUCUUCGCAAGGAGGGCUGCCUUCGAGAGGGGGGCUGCCUUCGCAGGGAGUGCUGCCUUCGCAAGGGGUAAUGCCUUCGCAAGUAGUGCUGCCUUCUCAGGGAGUACUGCCUUUGAACGAGUGCUGCCUUCCAAUGAGUGCCGCCUUCGCAAGGAGUGCUGCCUUCGCAAGGAGUGCUGCCUUCGCAAGGAGUGCUGCCUUCGCAAGGAGUGCUGCCUUCACAAUAAGGGCUGCCUUUGCAGGGAGAGCUGCCUUCGCAAAAUGUGGUGCUUUUGCAAGGAGUGCUGCCUUCGCAAGGAGUGCUGCCUUCGCAAGGAGUGCUGCCUUCGCAAGGAGUGCUGCCUAUGCAAGGAGUGCUGCCUUCGCAAUGUGGGCUGCCUUUGCUGGGAGUGCUGCCUUCGCAAGGGUUGUUGCCUUCGCAAGGAGUGCUGCCUUUGCAAGGAGUGCUGCCUUCGCAAGGAGAUAUGCCUUCGCAAAAAGUGCUGCCUUCGCUAG